UGGCUGUACGUCCUAUUUGCCUUAGCUGUCGCACCUUCCAGGCCAGACGACAUGGCGGCCUCCUCCUCGGUGGACGCUGCGUUGGCGACGCCCUCCCACUCCGCCGCCGCUGCUUCCAGCCCUGCCUUGUGGAGCGUAUCGUCCGCCCUCGCAUCCCGCUCACGCCUAGUGUCUACCCUGGCGGCGCUAACGACACCAGCGUCGACUCCACCUGCACCCAGGCUGGCGGCGCUGAUGGCAGCACCAGAACCGAGGCCUCGGGCGAAUCCAGGCUACUGGACGCACAACGAGUCCGCCUGGAUGCCCACCAAGUUCCUCGACUUCGACCACCUGGACGAGUCCGGCAGGCGUCCGUCGGCCCGCACGAGCGCCACCCCGCGGCCGGCGGACCCUGUGUUCGACACCAGUCUGGUGACCGACGUGAGCGUGCCGCUGGGAGCCACCGCCGUGCUGCACUGCCGCGUCCGGAACCUCGCGGGACGACCAGUGUCUUGGGUGAGGCGACGAGACUGGCACAUCCUGACCUCUGGUCCGGUGACGUACACGAAUGACGACCGCUUCCACGUGGUCAGCUCGCCGUCAGGAACCGACUGGAGCCUCCACAUCAAGUACGUCCAGAAGAGGGACAACGGCACGUACGAAUGUCAGGUGGCGACUGGUAGCGGCACAAUGUCACACUACUUCAACCUCCUGGUGCUGGUGCCCAAGGCGUUCAUCCUGGGCAGCGGGGACUACCACAUCGGCGAAGGCAGCACCAUAUCGCUCGUAUGCAUCAUCGAGAAUAGCCCUCUGUCGCCGCAGUACGUGUUCUGGCGGCACAACGACCGCGAGGUGGGCGUCGAAGGCGUAGGUUCGACUCCCGGCGUCUCCGUGGUCACGGAGCCGGGACCCAAAACUCACUCCAGGCUGGUCGUGUCGCGGGCCACGACCGCCCACUCCGGGAACUACACCUGCGGUGCGCCCGGUGCCGAGACCGACACAAUCAACGUCUUCGUGUCGGAGGGCGACAACACGGCGGCCAUCCAGCGCCAGUCGGCAUCGGCGGCGCCCCCACCUGCUGCGUCGCGACGCCCCUCCUGGCUGCAGAGCGCAGCGGUCCUGCUGGCAGCGGCCGCCGCGGUCGCCUUCUCGACUUCGAGGUGACACUGCUAGAUGAUCUAGCUGUCGGAGAGCGACAUCCUUCCCGGGGACAGCCACCACUAGCUGAUGUCAUAUUCCCGGAUUCCUCCCACAAUGUCUACAUGUGAGGAGGCAACCUGAAAUGCAAACUGUCGCACCACGCCAGUGGCUGUCAGUGUGAAGUUAAUUUGUUCAGAGAGUGAUGCUGUUUUAUGCAAGAAGGAUAGUAUGAACAGGCGUGUGAACGUAAUGUCAUUCGUCAUGAGAAAUACGAUAAUGAUUUCUCCUUGAAUGUAACUACGUCACCUGGGACAUGACUGGUAACUGCCAGCUAAUUGACAGACCAGUCUACUUCACAUAGCUGUCUACAUGACGUGCAGAUGCACCAUUCAUGUGUGUAAGUGUACCGAAAACUGGUAUUGUACCCGAGCCCCGUGCUAUGACAUUUUAUCUACGAAAAUAGAACCCUUUGUCGAGGAACGAAACCACGAGUUUUUGCGCAAGUGAUGUUAAUUUUUCAGGAGUUUAUAAGUGUGUAAGUGAUUCGUGGCUCACAUGGAGACCGAAUAUAAAGUUUUCAGGGCUGUAAUUCUGCCACUCUCGUGAGGUACCAGUUGUUAUGUUAGAUGUAAACAAGACUCUUUGUUAACUGUGCCAGUGAUGGAAGUUGAGAAUCAGUGAAACGUUACAAGUUCUCCUCUCUUCUGUGGUGUCAAAUGUGUUUUGUCUGUACGAUUACAGAGAUGAGUGCCUUAAGUUCAGAAAAGAUGCUGUACUAAAUUUUAAAUUAAUGUCGCUGGAGAUGAGCCUGGGGGAAGUUUCACACUGAGAAUAUAGUGAUCUUGGUUUGAGCCUGGAUUAAAAAAAAAUCGUAGGACUAUAACUGAAAAUAGUAAAGCAAUCCAGAAUAUCCAAAACUAUUAUCUCGCAUAUUAAAUUCCGUACAAUUGGCCUAAAUGAUGAGAAACGUUACUAAAUAACGCACUGCAUUACAGGCAGACAUUAAAAUCACUUUAAAUUUAUCGAAGAAUACAUGAAGCUACUCAUAACUUGCUGACACUUUUUUGCGUUAACAGUUUAGUAAAUCUUUCCUACAUGUCUGUGUCUGUGGUAAUAGUAUGUAUCGGGUUGUACCUAUUUCCUAGAAGAAUCUGUGCUACAGAGCACUCAAAAGGUGUAAGUUUCUUUUCAUUUAAUUCACGUGUGAAUUUUUAAUGCAUCAUUUUCACAUUUAUAAAACCAGAAAUAUAAAAUACUGUCUGCCGUACGCGUAAGUAGUAUAUUAUUAUCCUUCGCAAAGUAAGAAUUGGACGUGUAUAAAUGCAAUUUUUAUGAAGUCUAACAUAAAAAGUCCCGUUUGAUUAGGGCAAGCCUACAGAAAACUCCCGUCACCUUUACCAUUAUACUUUCGUUCUUUUAAUUUGUGAAAGAUCAGGAAACUCUUGUUAACUGUAACAGAACUACUGCUUCGUAGUUAACUGGCUUCAGAACCGUACUACCACGAUAAUUAACUCCUUCCACAACGAGGAAACUCCCACCAGGCUCUAUUCUCUAAGCUGUAUUUAUCACUGUAAAUUUCGCCCCUUCCCCGAACCAGUGUUUCAGAUUCGUCUAAAGCGAUGUUAGAAAUUACAAAUAAACUAAUUUGUUGAAGCCUC